GGGGAGAAGGGGCCAUUUUGUGCUGGAUCUGGAGAAGGAGGCCUGAGCUCUUCCUGCUGUGGAGGGUAGCAGCUGUCGGACAGUCAGCGAGAGUUCACAGGUGAUUUAUUCUUGAGAAGGACCAACAUGGAUGAAGUAUACCACAUCUCUUCUACUGAGAAGGUUCAGCAGUUGGAAAGAGAACUAGCAGCACAGCUGGCAGAGCUGAAGGCACAAAUAGAAGACAAUGGGGUACUUCAGGGAACACCAAACAGGGCAUACAGUUCUGUUCCAAUUCCAAAAGAUGCAACUUAUUUCAGAAAAGAAAGAGAGAGAAUACUGAAGAAAGUCUUACAGGUGGCGGAAGCGAAGCCCCUUGUUAUUCAGGCUGAUAUCAUGCAGAGGGAGUUAGAGAGCUGCUGGAGAAGGGAGCACACGGCAGCAAGCUUGCCGCUGCUGCUGCACCAGUUUUUUACAGACAGAAUCACUCAGCUAGUCCAGAGUAAGUAUUUGCACAUGCUCAGAUGGAAGAGAUUUUGUACGCACAGCAGUGUUAUUGAGCAGCUUUAUCCUCUCUAUCAGAAGCAAGUUAGUCACAUCAUGGAUGAAUACAAUGACGCAGUUCAGAGGGCUGCAAGGCUUUCAGUGGCAAGAGAGAACUUCCUGUCAGGAAAGAAAAAUCCAAUGAGUUUAGUGACACAGGAAGACCUGAUGAUUUACACCCAAUGGUUAGUGUGCCACCUACAUUCUCUGAAGGGCAUUCACUGUUUUCUCCAGGUUCUCCAGCAUUUGCCUGUUUCUCACAAACUGAGUGUGGUUGAUGAGAGGUGUCCUGAUGUGAUCCAAGACAAAUGGGACAAGUUAAGGAGUGCCUUUGACAGAAAUGCAGAUGUUUUUAAUACUGAUGUGUUUUGCUGUUCAACAUUUUUAAGAAAUGAAUCUUGCCACAAGGACACUGGAUUCAGUCUGCCCUGCCACAGCACUGAAACCAAGGAGCUGAAAGCCCAGCUCCAGCUUCUGCUGGCUCAUUUUGAUAUUGACUACAACCUUAAAGACCUCAAGGACCCAGCUGAUGAGAUGGAGCUCUUUUAUUUGGUUGUCCAAAAAUUUAGGAGCAUCUUUUGCAAACAACAGACAAUGAGAACAUUUCCAGUUUAUGACACAGAGAUUUCUAGAUCAGAGAACUGGGGCAUGUCAGGUCCAACCAGGGCUUUGAAGAAGAGAGCCAACUGGAUCCCUUUCAUAAAGAUUAAGCCUAAAGUAGAUCCCUGGCAGCAAAAACUUCUGAUAAAAAUGAAACAAUGGAAAAAAGUGGAUAAGAUGCUGGACAUUCAUUCAAAAUUUGUAGAGGUCUCAGACAUGGAGAGGGUGAUGGAGGGUCUCCAGGAUCAUGCAGCAGCCGUGCUCAAACCACAUCCUUUGCAGUCAGGUUCUGCCACUUGUUCUCAUGCCUCAGGACAGCAGAACUACGAUCACAUCUGGAAGGAAGUCUACGCCUUCACUGAGCGUCACCAGGAACUAAAUACUGAGGAUGAUAACAAAGCCAUGGCUUGCAGUGAGGAAGAUGCAGGAGACAGCAACUCCAGAAAGCUCCAAGGAUCCUACAGAAAGAUGAAUGAAAGAGGGUAUGGUUACAUGAGCACCUGGCAGCUCCUGGGACUGGAAGAAGGACCAGCAACUGCCAACAAGGAAGACGCAGUGACAAGAGGAGCCUAUCUUUCCUUUCUUCUCUUACGUCACUUGAGGCUCCGAGAGCUAAAGAGAGUGUGCCUGGGAAUCCUGAACUACUUCAGAUCUGUGGAGAGAAGCCUUACUAUCAGUAUCGCAGGCCUCAACCUCAAGGCUGGUCAUCUGAUUCCCAGCACAGAAGACACCUCCUGGAUCAGUGCUGCAAAAGGAGGCACCGGUGCUUCUGGAGGCUUGCACUCUCAGCCCUACGUUCACUACACACCAGCUGACUACAAGGUCCACAGCACUCAGUUCAUGGAGUUUGCAGAGGUGGAAAACCAUGAUGACUUUCACACUCAUGAAGAUGGAUAUAUCCACACACAGGACCAGCGUGGGGCUUACAUCAUAUAUGAUGUGGCACUGGAGGACCUAAAGGAGCUUGAGAACCAUCUGCUGCUUGUGGCCAGCCAGUACAUUGAGAAAGAUAAAAGCAACGUAACUUGUGGGAAAUCCAGUGGCAGCAAUAUCCUUGAGUGGGCACAUGCCUCUGUGGAUCGAUUUGCAGUGUUGUUUGACCUUUGGACCUGUGAAACUGCUCUCUUGGAAAAAAAAUGCCAGCUUCUAGAUGUUUACUUAGAGGUCUACCAACAUGCUUUGGACCCAGAGGAAAGAUUUGCUUUGGCCCAAGCGAUAACUGACAUCAUGCAUAAACAUCCACGGUUUGAUCUUGAGCUUGAAUAUUUUGUGAACGUCUACAAAGAUGAAUGCAUCUGUUUACAACUUCACCUUCAGCUGCUGAGGGACAUAGUAAACCAACAAAUAGAUGUCCAGAGGGAGUACCUCCCCAAGAUUUGGCGGAAAGGUCAGAAAGGUGGCAUCAGUGAAUUUGGACUUCCUUAUAAUGUGAUUACUAAGCAACUUGUCUCCCUUAACACUUGCUGUCCUGCUUCAAAGAACAUUUAUUUGCUGGAGUUUCACCCUUCUCUUGGUCUGGUGUGCUCAAUCCCCAAAGCUCUGGAGUGUAUCUACCAGAAGUUCUACAGCAUCUGUAGACCCAGAACAGCCAGUAGAGCAAUUAAGCUAGAAAAACAAAUGCUUCAGGUGGUACUUGAUGAGUGGCUGACUAUGGAAAAACCAGAAUGUUUCUACAGCUCUCAGGUUCAAAAAGAUUUAUUUGCAGAGGUACUCAUAGAGGACCCUGUGCUGGUGCAAGAGAUUGCUUUGUCACUAUUAGAGAUGGGAGCAAAUGAAGGAAGAAAAGAAGGUAAAGCAAGGCAGCUCUUUGUCCUGGAUUCAUUCUCCAUGCUCCUGGAACUGAUCACGCUCCGGCAUCGGUUGAUCGAGGUGGCAACAGAGAGUGCACGGUUAGCCAGCUUAUAUAAGGCUUUUGCAAUGGAAGCUGGUUUUGGGGAGUUCCAUUUGUAUCUGAGGCCAGUGCACUUUGAAUUUGCUCUUCACAAGGAGAAAGCAGACCAUCUGCCACCAACUUUUAUUACCUCUCUCCUGGAAGAUGACAGCUGUGUUGACAGAUAUAUUCCAAGUAGCUUACCAUUAAGCAUUCAAGAGAUCGACAGUCAUGUUGGAAAAUUUAGUUUCAGGACAAGAGAUGGUGUUAUGCAGCUCUUGUGCCCAUCUGGAAUAAAGAACAUGCAACUUAUCCUUGCCUGCCAGGUCAUCCAGAAAAAUGCUCUUUUAGCAGCUGUUCAGCAAGCCUCCUUUUGUUACCUGGUCCAGUUUACUCAUUCCCUGGACAUAAAGGAAGGAAAUGUGAGUCUAACAAGUCAGAGCAGUUCAGCAAGUGGAAGAAAUUCUGUAUCUGGGAGCCAAGCAGAGGAUCAGCUUCUGCCAGCAGCCACACCAGCCACAUCAUUUUCUCCUGGGCGUUCUUCAUAUUUACACCCAGCCUUUCACAGGCCUCCAGAAGCCUUUGUUUCCAUUCAGCUGGAGAAACUAGGGCCCCGAGAUAUGAUGCUGAACACUUUCAUCCAUAAGAAAGAAACACUGGGCAGCAGAAUGGAAAACCCUGAUGAAGUUCUACAACUGAAAAGAGACAUUAUUGCUGAAUAUUGUCUUAAGAUGAAUCAGCGUGUGUCCCAGCACGCCCUGCGAGGUCAGCUCAUUGCAUUCUACAAUAGCCUAAGAAGCCUCUUGGAUGAUUUCCCUGUUGUCAGAGACAAAUACUUUAUAAUUGGACUCUCUCAAGGAAAAAAAGAGCAAGAGUUAAAGGAAAACUUUGCAGCUGAUCCCAGAUCCUUCCAUCCUCGGCCACGCUAUUUGCUGUCCCCAGAUGGAUGCACCUUCCUUAAUUUGUGGUUCAUCCCUCACCCUACUGAAGUGCUGAUUAUGUUCAAGAUGCUUCCAGAGAAGGCUGCUCUCAAAGCUCUCCGCCUAAGCCUGCAAAUUGUUGGUGCAUUUCAUGAUGUCGUUGCCUAUCUCCUGGCUUUUGCUCAGUUAGGAAAUUCACCGAGCUCUUUUUGUGCAUUAAACCCAGAGCCUCUGACUCCAGACUGGGGAGGGACUGGAAGGAUUGGGACUGAACUUCAAGAGAUACAGAGAAUGAUUGACAGCCUCCAGAAUCCCCAGGAUCCCAGGGAAGUAGCCCAGCUGCUAGCAGCUCACAGAGACAUAAUGUUUCUACAGUUUGAUGCAGCAAUCAGACAUCGACUACGGGAGACAUUUUUGUCCUCCGGGAAUGUUUCAGCCUACCAGAGUCUUACAGAUAGGAUAUACCAUGCACUGCCUCCCCUGAGUAACUGUGUGAUUCCAAGUGUGUUUGCUGCACAGCUGAGGCUCCCACAGCUGCUGGAUGUUCAGAGCUGCAGAACACUCAUGCAUUUUCCUUGGAGGACAUUCCUAAUGGAUGGAGGGUUGUUUCCAGUCACUAUCAACAACACAAUUAAUUUAAAUUACAACAUGCAGUUAUGCCUGUGCGACCUGAAUGAUGCAGACAGGAGAGUUGCUCAUGGGGAGCUAGCUGCCAUGCAGUUUCUAAUGGAGGAUGUCCUGCAGAACCACAAUGACUCUGCUGUGAACGAUCAUGCUGAUUGUCAAGCCUUGUUAGCUAAUAGUAAGCAGCAGAAUUCAGCAGAGAUGACUGACCCAAGUGCUAACAGGUUGCAGAGCAGAAAAAAGACGUGCAAACUUCUGCCAAGUCAUCAUGAUCCAGUUACAUCAUAUAACUUGCUGAAGUCUUUUCUGGUGCUAUGGAAACAACUGGAAAUAUUAAAGGCAGAAUGGGGCCGGCUCAAGCUGGGGACUGAGGAUAUCGAUACAGUUCCUCUCUACAAAGAGUUUUGUGAGCAAUAUGGCAUGGAAAUUCUGCGCCCAGCCAUGAAAGCCAUGGCCAGGCAAAUGGGCAUUGAGGAGGACUUCAGAGAGCCUGUCACAAGCACUCAGCAUGUACUUCCCCCAAGAGGAGUAUCAGAAAUUGAAAUGAAAGUGUAUCAGCUUCAAAAGCUUCUGGAAAGCCUGGAAAUCCACAUGAUCCACGAUGUGCAGAAGAAGGUUAAGCAGGAGAUGACUCUCGUGAUAUCUGAAAGAGCCAGACAAGAGAGCAGCCUCCCUACCGAGCUCUGGAAACACAAAGUAAUGCAAGAAAAUUUCUCUGUUGUACGACCACAGAUAGUUGAAACAUUUGUUCAAAGGCUGAUGGAAAACUAUGAAGGAUCGGAUACAGAGGUUACUUUCAAAAAAAGCCAUUUACAACAGUGUCUUACUGUGCUGGGCUGUGACAUCAUGGCCAGAGAACGCAGCAACUUUGAGACCUACUCCAUGUUUUAUGAAAAUAUCCUCCAGCAGCUGCACCGUCUACUUUACCAAAAAGAGCAAGAGCUGCACGCUGUGGAAGAUGGUGGCAACCAAAAUGAUAUGUCUCUGACGCAGAUUGCAGGGCUGAGUCAUGAGAUGAUUAUGGAAAUAACUGCUCUCAGAGCCCGGCUCACUGACUUGGAGGAUGAAAAUGCUGGUCUCAAGGAGAAGAUCAGAGAAGAAGUACGGGAUGAAUAUGAAUCAUUAGUGCGGAACCUAUUUGGGACGUGUGUCCAUCUAAAAGGAAAGUUGGACAUCUAUCGACUUAGCAUUGAGCAACGAGUGCUUGAAAUCAUCAGUGAAGUGAGAAGGGAAGGAGUUGACAAUAUGAUUGAUCUGAAGAAAAAGUUUGGCUCCCCUGAAACUAAUGAUGACUUGGAAGAACACUUGUCUAAACAGGAGCAGCUGCAGGUCUUGAGGGAUGAAAAUAUCAGCCUAAGCAAGCUGGUGUGCAAGCUGAGGGCUCUGAGCUGCUGGAAACACACCACUCAGAAAGCACAGCUCUCUGCAAAGCUGAGAUAUGCUGAGAAGGAAGCUCUUCAAAACAAAAAAGAAUGUCUUAAUGCAAAGAUGAUGGCAGAGCAAGAGGUGACUUCAUUGCAGGGUCAGCUCACGUCUGCAAGGAAAGCUCUUGAAAAAUCUCAAGCAGAAAAUGACAAGCGAAAGAAACAGCUGCAUAAGCAGAAACAAAUGCUGUUGGAAAUGGAACAUCAGAAGACACAAGAAGCCAGGAAAAGACAAAUUCUCAGUGUGGCGAAAGCUCAAAACAUGGAGAAGGUGCUUGAAGAGAUGGAAGAGAAAAAACAGAAACUGAAAUUCCUGGUGAAGGAAGCUGAAAAGCCUUCUAAAACAGGACAACUACAACAAAAAAGGCCCAAAACAGCUAUGCAGCAGAUAAGAAGCCAGUUAACCCAAGAGUUCAGCUUAAACCUGGAGGCCUUCCAGAACAUUGAUGAACUGCCAUGUCAAGUUUAUGACCUGGAAGCUGCAGUUUCCCAGAGGAACGUGACUGCAGGUUCUGCAGCACAGCUCCAGAAUAACAAGAUUGCAACGUUCACUCAGCUUGAGGAUUACAAGCAGGAGCCUUUGAAUUCUGACCCAAGAAGCAGCACUGUAAGAAGAAGAAACACUCAAAGACCGAAGACAGUACCUAGCAGAUGGAAGCAGAGCGCAGCAGACAGGCUGCUGCCACAUCUCAAUGAAAAAUCUCUUCCUACUGUCUUCACGCAGCUACAGGAACACAGGCUGCUCCAGAAGUAAACCUAGAUGUAUUUUUAGUCAGCCCAGGGCAUUUUAGAAAUUACUGCUGGGUUUGCAGUCUUAAAGAGAAGUACAAUUCAUACACAAAUCAAAGGGAGGCAGCAACCUCCAGUGCUGUGCGUGUAUACUUCAAUAUCAUAGAAUGGCCAACCACCAGACCAGGCUGCUCAGAGCCACAUCCAGCCUGGCCUUGAACAACUUCCUUGGGCAACCUGUUCCAGUGCGUCACCACCCUGUAUGAACAACUUCCUCCUGAUAUCCAACCUAAACUUCCCCUGUGUCAGUUUAAGACCAUUCGCCCUUGUCCUAUCAGUAUCCACCCUUGUAAACAGCUGUUCCCCCUCCAGCCUGUCCAGGUCCCUCUGGAUGUCUUCCUUUCCUUCCAAUGUAUCAACUGCACCACUCAGCUUGGUGUCAUCUGCAAACCUGCUGAGGGUGCACUCGAUGCCAUAUAUUUAGAUGCAGUAUCAGUAGCAGCUGUGGUCAGUUAGUCCACCGAUCUGCUUCAGGUACUGAGUGGCCCUCCUGAGCAAGAGCAGCAUUACAUGUUCUACCUUCACAGGCAGUGCAGCUUGGUGAGGAUAUCAGUCAAAGCUAAAAGGCUUCCUUUUAUUGCAGAAACCUUGGAACGUGGCAAUGCAAAGCAUAGCUAAGUUCUCAGAGCAGAAGUGUUGAUGCUACGCGUUUUGUAUUUUCUUUUUUAACUGCUUGCCUAUUGCAACCCUUAGAACACCACAUCCUGUCUGCUGACUGCUUUUACUCCCAGAGGUUGCUGCCUUACAGUGAAUCUUUAAUGUUUAAAAAUGAAUCAUCAGAAACGUCAGCAUCUCUACCUUCCCUAGAAUCUUUCCUCUUCCCCCUAGAAAGGGGAAGAACAGCUCCUUGCACAGUGCCACACUACUGGAAGAAAAUAUCUGCAUAGCUUAUGCCUCAUUAUCUACAAUUCUCUUGCAUGUCAAAAAUGCUUGCUUUUAUAAACUAGCCAAUAAAAGAGUCAGAGAUGUUUCGUUUUUA